GUGUCGGGGCGCGCGUUUCAGUUUUGCUGCUCCCGACUGGACCGAGGUCGGUGCGGGAUGUGGGCGCGAAUGAAUUGCGCGGCUGAGGAGUUUUAUGCUCGUCUUCUCCAAGAAAUUAAUGAAGAAAAGAAAGGAGUCUGUAAAGACCCAUUCGUCUAUGAGGCUGAUGUGCAAGUGCAGCUGAUCAGCAAAGCCCAGCCAGAUCUUCUGAAAACUCUUCUAAAUGAGAACAGAUCGGUGUUUCUUGUGGAAAAACUUUUGGAGAAGGAAGAAACAAGUCAUGUUGAAGAACCACAGGCUGAAGAAACUGCUAUUUCUGAUUUCUCUACUGGUGAAAGUGUUAGGCCACUGGCCUUGCCAGUUGGGAGAGCAAGGCAGCUAAUUGGGCUUUACACCAUGGCUCACAAUCCUAAUAUGACCCAUUUGAAGAUUAAGCAGCCAGUUACUGCCCUUCCUCCUCUUUGGGUGAGAUGUGACAGUUCAGAUCCUGAAGGUACCUGUUGGCUAGGAGCUGAGCUCAUGACAGCAAAUGACAUCAUUACAGGAGUUGUCUUAUAUGUGGUCACUUGUAAAGGUGAGUGCUCAGUCUCGAAUAUCAGAGUACAAUCAGGAGAGCCCAGAGGUUGUUUGAAUCAUCUCCACAGAGAACUGAAAUUUCUCCUUGUUUUGGCUGAUGGCUUGAGGACUGGUGUAACUGAAUGGCUUGAACCUCUGGAAACAAAAUCAGCUGUUGAACUUGUACAAGAAUUUCUGAAUGACUUAAAUAAACUGGAUGAAUUCGAUGAUUCUACAAAAAAAGACACACAAAAAGAGGCGGUGAACCAUGAUGCAGCUGCAGUUGACCGGUCUGUGCUUAUCACAGUGCGGGAGGAUCUCGAUUUUGCUGAACAGCUUUGGUGCAAAAUGAGCAGCAGUGUGAUUUCAUAUCAAGACUUGGUGACGUGUUUCACAUUGAUCCUGCAGAGUCUGCAGCGUGGUGAUAUACAGCCUUGGCUGCACAGUGGGAGUAACAGCUUACUAAGUAAGCUCAUUCAUCAAUCUUACCAUGGAGCCAUGGACAGCGUCCCUCUCUCUGGAACUACCCCACUUCAAAUGCUCUUGGAAAUUGGAUUGGAUAAACUAAAGAAAGAUUAUAUCAGCUUUUUUGUCAGUCAGGAACUUGCAUCUUUGAAUCAUUUGGAAUACUUCAUUUCUCCAUCAGUAGCUACACAAGAACAGAUUUAUCGUGUUCAGAAACUCCACCAUAUUCUAGAAAUUCUAGUCAUCUGCAUGCUUUUCAUUAAACCUCAGCAUGAGCUUCUCUUUUCUUUAACACAAUCCUGCAUAAAAUACUACAAACAAAAUCCUCUGGAUGAGCAACACAUUUUUCAGUUGCCAGUCAGACCAGCUGCUGUAAAGAAUCUGUAUCAAAGUGAGAAGCCCCAGAAAUGGAGAGUGGAAAUAAGCAGUAAUCAGAAGAAGGUGAAAACAGUGUGGCAACUGAGUGACAGCUCUCCUGUAGAUCAUUCCAGUUUUCAUAAGCCUGAUUUUUCUGAGUUGACACUGAAUGGUAGCCUGGAAGAAAGGGCUGCUUUCAUUAACAUGGUUACCUGCAGCCAGGUGCACUUCAAGUAACACGUGCUGAGGGUCCCUGCAAGAAAAAGAAGCGUGAUUCUGAAGAUCUUCCGAAAGAUGAAGGUGGAGAUGAGAUCCCAUCUCAGCUGUGGCUCCUGAGGAGGAGUGUUAGCAGCAGGGCAGCAAUGAGGAUGGAGAGAGCGCAAACUGUGGGUACCACAAUCUCCGAAGCCACGUGCAUGUGCCUAAGCAAGGGCUCUGAAACGGACAGAGAACAUUCCACCAGACAUGAACUUUGUUUUGAAACAAAAACUAAAGAAGAGGUACCAUUGUGGGUUUUUUGUUUUUAUUUUUGUUUUGGGAACUCUCACUGUAGACCAGGCUGGCCUUGAACUCACAGAUCUGCCUGCUUCUGCCUCCCAAGUUCUAUUUACUAAAUGUGCACACUGCUACCAUCUAUUUUAACUAGGGUAUCUAAUUGUUCCUAUUUGUUGUAAAAAAAAAAAAAAACCAAAACAGUAAAUAAAACAGAUUUUAAAAUGGUGGUGGGGCUGUAGUACUGAGGCAGAGCAUUCACUUGGCUGCACACAGCCUUGGGGGAUCCCUGCCAUCACACAGAACUUAUGUGAGAGCUGGAAAUGUUACAAAAAUCUGGAAUGCCUAAAUUUGGUUCUUUCACUGGAAUUUCAGGAAGCCUAAGUGUGGAUAAUAUUUAUGCUGGCAUUAAUUUCUACAUAUUAGCAUCCAUAUUCCAUGAGUUCUCUGGAUUUUUACUGAGGAACUUGUAAAAGAACCCUUCGGGCUGGGUAUGGUGGUGCAAGCCUACAGAAGGAGUUCCAGGACAGCCAGGGUUACAAAGAGAAACCCUGCCUCAAAAGGAAAAAAAAAGAAUCCACUGGAAACAUUUCUAGUUUUUUGAGUUUGUUUUUCUUCAUAUAUCUUAUAAAACCUUAAGAAAUGUAGGAAUGUCUAUAUUACAAAUUCUAAUGGUAAUUCUUAAACUCGUUUGUUUGUUAAUACAAAAAUUCAUUAAAAACCUAAAGAAUUAUUUGAUAAUUCUCACAUGGUUUAAUCUUUAAGAGCUAAGUGGUACGGGCACCAAUCCGACGGAAGACCUUGAUUUGUCUGCUGAGCACCCUGGUGACUGAAAUAAACGGGCGUGGCUAUGUUCUUAUGACGCUCACAGUCUCGUCAGCAAAUCCUGUACUGCAGUCAUGUUGCAUUUACUUUGAUUUGGUGAACUAUGGUUUACAUGGCCUGGUUAUUUAGGAAUAGGGACACUGGUACAUGGUUAUAUGCUAGCCUGUAAAGAUAGUUUGUUGAGAGGGUUUCUGCACCGCCUGCUUUGAUCAUCUUUUGAUUAAAGGAUGAUAUUAAAAUGGGAAGUAUAUUUCUUUUAAUUGUCCUUAUGCAGAAAAAUAGAUUUCAGAAACAUUCUGUAUUUUGAAUCCUUUUAGAUCCCAUUGCAUAAGAAAUGAUACCUUUUUAGCCCAGUGGUGGUAGC